CCUCGAGAGAGAUUCGUACGCGGUAGUGCGCGAUGGGUGGAUCACGCGUUUGAGAGAACGAUCAGCCAAUAAUCGGAGUGGUGGACACCGCGCUCCGUCGGAAGUGUCGGAAGGAACGAGCGCUCCGGCGAUCCCGCCGCUUUGAAGGAACGGCAGCGCUCGACGGACCUUAUCGACGGAAUCAACAGUUAACCGCGUUCGAGAAGUGUCGAGAGCCUCGCGGGAGUCUCUCACAGUCCGCCGAGGGAGCGACGACGACGGGCGACGGAGAGGAUCAUUGUUGCAUCACCGCCGGCCGAGAGACGGGAUUGCGCGACGGUCGUUCGACGUGGGACAACAACGACGAAAUAGAAGAGAUAUAGAAUUUCGCGUCGCGCGACGGAGAAGUCGGGCCGGGGCGACGGCGGCGCGGCGUGGGAGGAAGGAAAGAGGAGGAGCGCGACACUCAUCGGCGCGACACACACGCUCUCGGGAAGCGUCAAAAAGCGCCAAGGUGGUGCGUGACGUUUACGCCGCGCGGUGACACGGAGCGUGUCACGAGUUUCGGCGGCGGAGCGAGGUUGUUUAGUUGUUGAGAGAGGGCGAGCGCAGGAAGGACGAACGGACGAGGUUGGUUGCGCGCGCGUGCUUUUGUGGCUCUCCUACACGGACACGGGAAUAUACGUUGCAUCCGCGAAGGUGUGUGUUGUAUUGCGCGCCGCGAAUUCGUGCGCGCUCUUCUCUCUCUCUCGUCGGUCAUCCCCGCGUCUUUGGGGGUGUGGUGUGUGUGUGUGUUUUGUUCGCGAACUUGUUCUCCGGGUCGUGCUCUCGUCGAAGGGGGCACUCGCGCGAACACAGGGACCGGAGACGGAGACUCCUCCUUCCUCCCUUCUCCCCUUUCCUCCCGCGGCCUUCGCGAAAACACGAAUUCUCUCUCUCUCUGUCUCUCCCUUCCUCGCUCCCCGCGCCUCGUCCCUCUCUCUCUCUCUCCCCUCGUCUUCGCAGUGAACGCGCGUUCGACUCAUCAUCCAAGGAACGGACGCGUCGUUCGUCGUCGAUCAUCGUUACGGCGGAAGAGAAGCGAGAAAAUGGCCGACAGUUGGACGCAAAGUAUUGUUUGCCGGUACUUCAAGAAUGGCACUUGCCGCGAGGGGGUCAACUGCCGGUAUCGACAUGUGCAAGGGCACAGGAAUGAUGCAAGUAUCAACGAGGCAACGUCAACCCAUAGCUCUGCUUAUAUUGUCACUUGUCGCUUCUUCAAACAGGGCAUAUGUAAGUACGGCAGUCAGUGCCGUUAUCGCCACAGCUCGGGUAACGCGGAUAGCAAUGCCACACAGACGAACGCAACGGAAAACUCGGCCUCCGGUCAGCAUACGGCGAACUUUUCGAGAAACAAGAAAGCUGAGAAACGUACCGCGGAAGAAUGGGUCAAGGCACCGGAGUUCAUACCUACGACUGGAUCCCCGGUUGCUGGAUCGUCCUCCAUAGACGGAAUGUCGUCCACCUCGGGAACGUCCUCAGGAUCGGGCACGUCGAUGCCGGUCUCGUACGCCCAAGCUGUCAAUCCAUCUGGUCAAGCCUCGAGUCCCUCGUUAGAACCUCUGUGUCCUUAUGCGGAAGCAACUGGAAUCUGCAGAAGUUCGACCUGCACAUAUCUACACGGUGAUAUCUGUGAAUUCUGUAGCCGCGCGGCCCUUCAUCCACACAACGAGGAAUUGAGGAAGAAACAUACAAAUGCAUGCGUGAAGCAGCACGAAGCGGACAUGGAAUUAUCCUUCGCCAUUCAGCGCAGCAAAGAGAAGUCUUGCGGCGUUUGUUUCGAGACAAUAAUGGAGAAGUCCUCGCGAGAACAGAGAUUCGGUAUACUGCCGAAUUGCAAUCACUGUUUCUGCCUAACCUGCAUCAGAAAGUGGCGCCAGGCCAAACAGUUUGACAACAAAAUUAUAAGGGCAUGCCCGGAGUGCCGUAUUCCCUCGGACUUCGUCUGUCCGAGUAUGUACUGGGUGGACACAAAGGAGGAGAAGGAAAAAUUAAUAAGAGAUUAUAAAGGCGCCUUGAGUACCAAGGAUUGCAAGUACUUCAACAAGGGUCUCGGCAAGUGUCCGUUCGGUAACAAAUGUUUCUACCUUCACGCCCUUCCGGACGGGACUAAGAAGGACGUGGGUCCACCGGUUCGACAGAGGCGCAACACCGCUGACACCGACAUCGACAUCCUGCACCAACUAAUCUUGUGGGAUUUCUUCGAUGAAAGGGACGAUCGUUGGAUGUAUCUCGAUUUAGAAGAUAUCCCUUUCUUCUCAGAUUCCGACGAAUCCGAUUGGUCCGAUUAUGAACUGUCGUUCGAUUAGACGAGCAAAACUAGUCGACCGAAACUGCCUUGAUACUAUUGUUAUCAUUGCUACUCUGUUGCUAUGUCGAUACCUACUUCCUUUUGUCAUUCAUGCAGGGCUUUAGCGACUAAGAAAAAAUUACUAGCAUUAACUAGAUUAUUAGCAAAUAAUUUGAAUUAUUAUAAUUCGAAGACGUUCUAGCUACGUAGAAGAAAAAAAAUACAAAAAAGAAAAAUGUACGCACUUUCCUAAAAAUGAUAAUUUAUAUAUAAAAGAAGAAAAACUGUCUAGUCGACGUCAAAAUAGUUAAAACACUUUCUCAUUUUCUUUCGCAGAUAAUAUCUACAAGUUUUUUUAUUUCUACAUGAUGAUAAUAAUAGUUUAAAAUGUCUAUUUCAUCUCCGCAACACUAUGGAAAUUAUAUUAAUAUUUUAAUUUAAUAAAAAAAAUGACAUUUUAGCAACUAUUAUUUCCAGCCAUAGAAAUAAUUUUUUAAAUAUUAUCUAAAAAAAAGGAACGUGUUCUCUUAACUAUUUUAACGGUGACUGUACAGUUGUGUAUAAACAAUUACAAGAUUAACAAUUCUAAUAAUUAUUACGGUACAUAAUCGAGCACAGCAAAAUAAAAGGCAGGAAAUAGAAUCAACAACAGUAAUUAAAAUUUCCUUGGAUAUGCAUCGUUACUCGGGAGUCACUUUUGUGUAACUUGACCAAUGCUCUAUUAACCGAUUGUAGCAACUAUUAAUUCAGUGGUCCAAAUUUCAUCAGUGAAUAGUGAAUAUCCAUAUCUUAACGUUGGUCGUUUUCUCAGAGAGUAAUAUUAUCCAUUUUUCUUUUUUCUAUAUCCGAUGUUAAUUAUUAUUUUUUAAUUAUUCCACAAUGCAUGAUCUGUGGGAUAUACGUCUAUACGUUAAAUCGAAUCAUACAAUAGUCAAUAAAUAACCAGAAUUUUAGUUUAUUAUCGUCAGUGAAAAAUUAAAAAAAUCACUUUUUUUUGCUCUUUUUCAUAAGCUGAAGAGUAUAUCAAAAUAAUUGAAGGGUAGUUUAACUGUAGCUUUGUUUUCGAUUAAGGCUUCUUUUCAUUUAAAGCGAAUAGAUUAGAUUUAUUUUGUAAUUUCAAUAAACAUUUCUCAUUCAAUGAUGAUUACAUUAUUACGUGUACUUAAUCGACAAUGUAAAAACUAUGAAAAAUGAGCUAAUGGGAUUUAAACGAAAUUUUAAACAAUGCAAAACUACCGUUUCGAAUCGAUUUUAGUGGGCUUUAUUUGUAUUUGUAAUUAAUAUCUACAUAUAGAAUGGGCAUGUUUUGUGAUUGCAAUACAAUGUUACGCUUGAUGUGAAAGAUAAACUCAAAUCAGUUAAGUGUGUCUUGUCCGUAAAUAUAAUUCCGAUACAGCAAGAAAAGAAAUCCCAUCAAAUGGUACACUUUACGUUUAAUGAAAAAAAAUUUUUAUUUCAAGCACAAACCUAUUAUCAAUUAUUGCAAUUACGAAACAUAUUUAGUUAUAACGCGUUCGAAGAUUCACAACACACUACUAUUCACAUGUAAAAUAGGAAAACUGGACAACGAUUUAUUACUUGUGUGAUCAGUGUGCAUUGUUAGUUGAAUUUAUCAGUAGUUCAUAUCGAAGGUACGAUCUACAACUGUCGUCCUACCUCUUGCUACAUGGCUCCGCGAAAAUCUUUAUACAUAUAUAUAUACGAUACAUUUCUUUAAAUUAUUAUACAGUUGUAUAGCGUUACUCGUGAGUAAUGGGUAUUCCUUUCGAGAGUAAGUGGCAAAGUGAAUGUGAUAACACUUGUGUAAGAAUGCAAGCGUAUAAUGGUGUGUGGUAUUAUGUGUGCGUGUCCGUAAAUGUGCGAAUGGAAGUACGAAUACAAUGGAAAAAAAUAAAAUAUUUGUGAGAAAGAGACAGACUAGCAUUAUGGAUAGCAUAUAUGCGGGAUGAACAACAAAUGUAAUAAAAAAAAAAAAGAAAGACCGCUUUGUGUGAAGUGCGCAUUUGUAGAUUCGAGAUCUAAAAGGAAAAAAAAAGAGAAAAAAAAAGUAGAAGUACGCACGACGGAGUUGGACCCACGACAUAGAGCCAUGCUGGGAAAUAAUCGUCAAUCGUUUUUACAUUUUAUCGAUUUACUAAUAAUAGCAAAACACGUUCCGACAACCGUUCUCUCGAUAUAGAACCAUGAUAAUUACACUUUGAAGGGCAUAGAAUUCUUUUUUUGUGUAAAACCGGACGAGAUGGCACGUACGUAAAAAAAAUAUACGCCAAAGAGAUACGAUAUUCACCCACUAGUAUUGAAUAAUUACGUGUGAUGUGUCAUUUUUUAACCCUUUCGCUAAAACGAUCUUUCCGCAAUAUAUUUAUGACAAAUAAUCACGUUGUUCUACAUAUAUAUAUAUAUAGUUCCUGCUCGCACACUUACAACCUGAUUCGUAUUCAUGGUAGGGAAGUGACCAGCUUUUACAAGCAGAGAACCGUCGGUACUGCCUUUCAAAAGCUAUGUGAUUAUAGAGUAAUAUAUCGUUCAUUGCGCUAUAUAAAAGUCAGUUUCUUAAUCCGCCUCGACAAAGCGUUUUAUCGGCUCGGAAUUUUCGCUACGCCAUAAGAAUAUCGUUUAUAUAUUUCCCAUAGAAUUUCUAUGCUGUUAAUUUUAUCGACAAUUGUUAGAAUAAAUCGCUUUAUAUUGUUACCGGUAAUGUAUAAUAGAAAAACUUUCUAUGGUACGCUGUGCGUUUUUUCGAGCGGCUAUUUUUCGAGCUACUUUCUUUAACAGCCACACAAGCUUCCCGACGGAGGGGAAACAAAAAGUAUAAAAAAAAAAAAUAACGCUUAAGCGACAUUGGAUUGUAAGAUAGCGGAAUGUGCAUCGACGAGUCGAUUGGGAAUUCUUAAAAGUCGGCUAAUAAUUUUCGUGUAAUGAUGAUAAAUUUUUGCGAUGGAAACGUCUUUAAACGUUUAGCACGUUCAGAGUACCAGAGUACAUAUCGCCGUUGUAGGAGGAGAGCCAAGACGUUACGACUGCGUUGAGCGUUGCAUGAAUUUGCCGACGUCACUACCACUUUUAUCCGUCUUAGAAAAUGCGCGCGAUGCUAUUUACUGCAUUAUUAUGCUCUAAAUGCAUGAGGCGCGAAAAGGGAGAUGUAAAAUUAGCAGUUGACGUUCGUCGAAGUCAAGUUCAACGGGCAUUCAAAAGUCGUUUCAGCGCAGUUUGCCUUGGCUUUGGCGAUGCAUUUUUCGGAGUUAACUUUGGAGUUCACUCGCGUAUACACAGUACAUAGUGAUUCUAAAGUCGAGAUUCCACCGUGUGAUCUUUUUUUUUUUUCUCUCGUCGAUAAGGGGUGUAAGGGGAGAGGCCGACUUUUUAUUACCGAUUCAUUCGGACUUAUUAUUCGGAAGAUAGCGAACGUCAGAACCGAGAAUCUUGAUAACUUUCAAUCCCGUUCUCAGGAUGGUUUCAUUAAGCUAGUUUAGAAAAUUGUAUAGAAUUUUACGGUAACAACCGCGUGCGUUGUGUGUCUCUGCGUGCAGAAUUCAAUCGCCAAGAUUCUACCGCAAGUGUGCAUUAAUGCGAAUUAAUCGUACUAAACGUACCUGCAUUGAAUACUGUAUUGCGUAGUGACGGGUAUUCUUUCCCCCCCCCCCCCCUCCCUUAACAACCUAAAUACGCUUUACAGAUCGUUACGUAAUUCAUUUACAUAAGCCGAGAUAUGAUCGAGCGUCUCUGAUCUUUUUUCUUUUUUUCGACUCUUUACGGAAUGCAGUUCUUUAGGAAUAAACAUUGUGCCGAUUGUACCCGUUUUUACUUUUCAGCGUAUUAUUUAUUUUUAUUCGUAUGUUUAAAACGUGUAUUUUAUCGUGUGCCGGAAUCGCUCAAAAGAGUCUUGCGAGUCUAGGGAGAGUUACACUUAAGUAUUUUUUCUUUUAUAGGGGAGGUAAUUCGUUGGUAAUCACGCUAAAUUUCUACACGUAAUUAAACCUUAUAUUUUUGUAACUUAUAUCGCGUCGAACUACGUUAUGUAAUAAAAAGGCUCUAUGAAAGCGGAUAUAAAUAAGAUAUACGACUAAAAAGUCUUAUAUUUGUUAGGCAGCGCACCACCAUGAGAAGGUAAUAAAAAAAAAAAAAAAAAAAAAUCGACGUUGAAAACAAUUGUUGUGCCACAGCUUGUUUCCUUACGUCUUUAAUAGAUCUUAGAUUAUUGUGAAUGUUUUUUUUAGCCAAUAAAAUAAUCGUAGAUCAAAGCAAA